AUGUCAUGUCCCCCAGUGAAGACCAUGGCGAGUUGGGAUUGGGAAUCUUGUGGUUUAGCUUCAGAUCCCGUUCAGAUAAGAUCUAUUGCUGUCGCACCGGAUCCACCGAAGCCUGGGGAGAAUAUGACGGUCUCGGUUCAAGCUACGGCACAAGAAGACGUCGCGGAAGGAGCCUAUGCGAACGUGGAGGUAAAACUUGGGUUGAUCAGGAUAUUGCAGAAGGAGUUUAAUCUGUGCGAGGAAGCACGCAAGGCGAACAUGACCGUUCAAUGCCCCGUCGAGAAAGGAGAUCGUAUACUGGAGAAAACUGUCAAGUUGCCAGACUUCAUCCCGCCUGGCCCAAUCAAGAUCAACGUAAACGGCUACACGACCGACGACGAGCCACUCUUGUGCAUCAACUUGAACGUGAACUUCGCGAACUUGAAAACUGCUUCGAGAGCUGUAUGA